GCGUCUAAAAUCUCUAUGAAAAUAGGUGUGCAGAACAUGCCUCAGGAAUCCACAAGGGCAACAGAACAACAACCAGAAGAGACUUGGAGAGUGAAAACUCUUGACGAGAUAUUGGCAGAAAAAAAAAAACGCAAGGAGAGGGAAGAGACAAAGAAAACUGACGAGAGCAAGACCACAAUGUCACAUGAUCAGGAAGAAAGAAUGGAUGACUAUGAUUCCCUGGACAUAAAGCCACCACAGCUUACAACAUACAAAGGAAAGAAGUCACAUAAGAAAGAUGAUAGAAGAGACCGGCAGAAAACUAGUUCCCUAGAAAGAAAACAUAAAAGUAAACAAUCAAGAUCUGACAAAGAAAAAUCAUCGCAGGAUCAUUACAAGAGAAGCAAAGACAGGAGAUCAGACCCAUAUGACUCACGAGUAUCGCGAGAUAAGAAUCAUGAACCAAGGGACAGCUACAGCCACGAUAGACACAGUAGACAAGAGCCAAGAGGGUACAAUCCACAGAGCCAUCAUGAAUCAGACAGAGACCGAUCUUGGAGGCAGACAUCAGAAAGUCGAUAUGAGAGAGGUCAUCCAAGGGUAUCCAGACAUUCAGAUGAAUAUCGAAGGCACUCUCACAGAGAUGGCUCAAGGUCACAAGCUAGUGUCGAAGUGGAAAGGAGUCAUUCAAAUGAUCGCAGAGACAGAAAACAGAAGUAUGAGAGGGACCGAAGUCCCCUGCACAGACAACAGCAUGAUAAUCACUCGACAAGAGACCACCGAGGGUACAGCGAAGAAGAACCAGCUUCAAAAAUGGAGGUUGAUCGUGUUACUGAGGAGGAGGAGGAGGAGGAGGAGGAGGAAGAGGAGGAGCAGCAGCGUCAGCAACAGUCUGAAGAUGACGGAGACCAUGAACAACAUUCUGAUGUGGAUGUAGUCUCUUCGGGGAAAGAAUCAGGGGAAGAGUCUGAAGGGAGUGAGAGUGGGGAGACAGAGGAAUCUGAAGAUGACUCGGACAAAGAUAGUGACGAGGAGAAUAGUGAGGAUGAUGACGAUGACGAUGAUGAAGAGGAUGAAUCUGCUUCUGAAUCAGAGGCUUCUGAAUCAGACACUGCUUCCAGUUCAGAAUCUGAUGAUGGAAGUGAAAGUGAACACAGUGAAAAAGAUGAAAAUAUAGCUCAAAAGCAUCAAAGUACAAAACCUUUAAAACCCUCAAAAGGUGUUCAGAAGUCUAAAUUUGACAAGGAUUCUUCACCCGAACCCCAAGUAGUGGAGCCAGAAGGCAGUCCCGGAAACUACCUCCCAGACUCACCACCAGUGUCACCAGUUGAAUUGAAACCGGAGUUACCCAUUUACCUGCCGGCAAUUUCCGGAUGCAGAAGUGUGGAGGAGUUUACCUGUCUCAACCGCAUUGAAGAAGGUACAUACGGAGUUGUGUACAGAGCAAAGGACAAAAAACUUGAUGAGGUAGUGGCAUUAAAAAGGUUGAAAAUGGAGAAAGAAAAAGAAGGUUUUCCAAUAACAUCUUUACGAGAAAUUAACACGUUGCUCAAGUCUCAACAUCAAAAUAUUGUUACAGUCAGGGAAAUUGUUGUUGGUAGUAAUAUGGACAAAAUCUACAUUGUGAUGGACUAUGUAGAACACGACUUGAAGACUUUAAUGGAAACCAUGAAACAGCCCUUCACACAAGGAGAAAGUAAGUGCUUAUUAAAGCAAUUGCUAGAUGGAGUUCACCAUCUCCAUGACAACUGGAUACUACAUCGAGAUCUCAAGACAUCAAACUUACUGCUGAGCCACAAGGGUAUAUUGAAGAUUGGUGACUUUGGUUUGGCACGGGAGUACGGUUCCCCUCUUAAGCCUUACACACCUAUUGUGGUUACUCUGUGGUACAGAGCACCUGAGCUUCUUCUUGGAAUUAAGGAGUACGCCUGUCCGAUUGACAUGUGGUCAGUGGGUUGUAUAUUUGCUGAGUUUCUUACCAUGAAGCCACUAUUCCCAGGCAAAUCUGAAGUUGAUCAGUUGAACAGGAUAUUCAAGGAACUUGGAACACCAAGUGAAAAGAUCUGGCCAGGCUACAAUGAACUACCAGCAGUGAAGAAAAUGACGUUCGCUGAUCACCCUUACAACAACCUUCGCAGUCGAUUUGGAACUUAUUUGACUGAUGUUGGCUUUGAGCUUAUGAAUAAGUUCUUGACCUAUAACCCUGCUCGCCGUAUAACAGCUGAGGAAGCUAAGAAGCAUGAAUACUUCAAAGAAAGGCCUUUACCAAUCGAUCCGUCCAUGUUUCCCACAUGGCCAGCAAAGAGUGAAAUGGCAAGGGUGAAGAAGAGUAGCCCAAAGGCACCAGAAGGGGGACAGCAGUAUAAGAAUUUAGAUGAUGAUGAAGCAGAUGAGGGUUUCCGAUUAACUCUUGCCUCGCAAGGUGCUGCUAAAGGAUUGGGAUUCAGUCUAAAGUUCUGACCUCGGUUUGCUAAUUCUACCGCCAUAUAGUUUAAGCAUUGUCCACACCAGUAUAUGGGUGUGAUGACAGCAUUCUGCCAUUAUAUGUGUGGACACAUAUAUCACUCUAGUGUGAACAGAGGUUUUACUACACCUACAGAGUAUAUUCAACUACAGAAAAACAUGUAAUGUGUAGACAUUGACAUAGUCUCGUGGAACAUGAUGUUGAUAAUAUCCCUUGAUGCAUUGGUGGCUUGAGAACUAUGCUCAAAGAAGAUCCAACAAGUGUGACAGAGGAUCUAAAAACAGGGGGAUCAGAACCAGUGAGGCCAUCUAUAGCAUAGGUCAGGGUCCAGGAAUAAAAUAAUGGGGAGAGAUUUUUUGGCUUAGCAUGGCCCAAAAUACAGUAUGCUUUUAGCCCACAGUUUAGGAAUUGACAAUCAAAAUAACUUGUUUAGUAUGUAAUAUGUCUGAUUCAUUUUAUUAACAUUGGCCAACAUUGUAUCUGAAGGCUUCAGCCCAGUAAGUCAGUGUCAGUGGUGUCUAGAAAUAUAUGUUGAGGGGAAGAAGUGUCUGACAGAGGGGUUUAACAAUUUCCAUUGGAGACCAGCAGAGCCUCCAGGCACUGGGGUGAAUUCUUUUUGCGCAACUACUUCUCAGUAUAUCAUUACGUUUGUUUGUACUAUACAGUGUUUAUUUUGCUUUAACAUUUUUUUUUAUUAGUUUUUAUUUAACAUUUAUUGAAUUAUAUAGUUUUUUUGAAAAUGUUUAGGCUACCAAAAAAAGGAAAAUACAUCAGAAUAAGUUAUUACGUACCAAGGAUGGGUCAGAGAGCCAUCAGCAAAUAGCAUUUGGAUGUAAAUUGUAAUGGCCUAAUCGAUUUAAAUCAUAUGAUUGGAAUGAUGGAAGUUUAUUUUAUAAAUGACAAAACCUUACUACUGUAUUGUCCGAAGAUCAGAAAAAAUAUUUUAAGCCUUCUUUGGAAGAUGGAUAUGUAUAUAAAGAUUUUUCAUGAUGAAAAUAAACUCUUUUUGCAAUAAA